CAGUUAGCGUUGUUAGGUUGGCAAUCAUAACCUCACUUUUUCACCGGACCAGUUUGUUGUUUGUUGUGUAUUUCUGUCUAUAACUUUUUAGAAAGAACAAAUUAACUGCCUUUUGUAAAUGCUGCUUGAUACUGUUGCGUCCUACUAACGUUCAACAUGACGACAAACCCGAGGAAAGGCACCGACCCGGUGCCAAUGGAGGAAAGUGAUCAACUUACGAUCCGACCCCUGGGCGCCGGGCAAGAAGUAGGCAGGUCCUGUAUAAUGCUAGAAUUCAAGGGUAAAAAAAUUAUGCUGGACUGUGGGAUUCAUCCUGGGUUGUCAGGCAUGGAUGCACUGCCUUUUGUGGAUCUAAUCGAAGCAGAUGAGGUUGACCUGCUUCUAAUAUCACAUUUUCACUUAGACCACAGUGGAGCUCUACCAUGGUUUCUGACCAAGACCUCGUUCAAGGGCCGUGUGUUCAUGACACAUGCUACUAAAGCCAUUUACCGGUGGCUUGUGUCCGAUUACAUCAAAGUCAGCAACAUAUCGACGGAGCAGAUGCUAUACACGGAGUCGGACUUGGAGGGCUCCAUGGACCGCAUCGAGACCAUAAACUUCCACGAGGAGAAGGAUGUGCGCGGCGUGCGUUUCUGGGCCUACAACGCGGGCCACGUGCUCGGCGCCGCCAUGUUCAUGAUCGAGAUCGCCGGCGUCAAGGUAUUAUACACGGGCGAUUUUUCAAGGCAAGAGGACCGGCACUUGAUGGCGGCCGAAAUUCCAACAGUUCACCCUGACGUCCUUAUCACGGAGUCUACAUACGGCACGCACAUCCACGAAAAGCGAGAGGAACGCGAAAGCCGCUUCACGGGGCUGGUGAGCGAGAUCGUGUCGCGCGGCGGCCGCUGCCUCAUCCCUGUGUUCGCGCUCGGCCGGGCCCAGGAGCUGCUGCUCAUCCUGGACGAGUAUUGGUCGCUGCAUCCUGAGCUGCAAGACAUCCCGAUCUACUACGCGUCGUCGCUGGCCAAGAAGUGCAUGGCGGUGUACCAGACGUACGUCAACGCCAUGAACGACCGCAUCCGCCGUCAGAUCGCCGUCAACAACCCCUUCGUGUUCCGCCAUAUCUCCAACCUCAAGGGCAUCGACCACUUCGAGGACAUCGGGCCGUGCGUGAUCAUGGCGUCGCCGGGCAUGAUGCAGUCGGGGCUGUCGCGCGAGCUUUUCGAGUCCUGGUGUACCGACCCCAAGAACGGCGUCAUCAUCGCCGGGUACUGCGUGGAAGGCACACUGGCCAAGACGAUCCUGUCGGAGCCGGAGGAGAUCACGUCGAUGUCGGGCCAGAAGCUGCCGCUCAAGAUGUCGGUGGACUACAUUUCUUUCUCGGCGCACACGGACUACCAGCAGACUUCAGAGUUUAUCAACAUCCUUAAGCCGCCGCACGUGGUGUUGGUCCACGGCGAGCAGAACGAGAUGUCGCGGCUUAAAGCGGCGCUGCAGCGCGAGCAGCGCGGCCGGCUCGCCAUCCACACGCCGCGCAACACGCAGCAGCUGGCGCUCACCUUCCGCGGCGACAAGACCGCCAAGGUGAUGGGGUCGCUGGCCGUGGAGCCGCCGGAGCCGGGCCGCCAGCUGCAGGGCGUGCUCGUCAAGAGGAACUUCAACUACCACAUCCUGGCGCCUUCGGAUCUCAACAAAUACACGGAGCUGACGCAAUCCGAAGUGACGCAGCGGCAGUCGAUCCCGUACAGCGGCUCGCCGGCGCUGCUGAGGCACGUGGUCAUGCAACUGUGCGGGCACAUCGAGUUCCUCGGCGAGGCGCGCUGGCGCGUGUACGGCUGCAUCCUGCUCACGCUCGAGCCCAACAUGAUCCUGCUGGAGUGGCAAGCUCAACCCGUGACAGACAUGUAUGCGGACGCGCUGGUGGCGGCGGCGCUGGCGGCCAGCGCGGCGCCCGCCGUCAGCCACCUGCCGCUCGCGCCCAAGCUCGACCGCAUGCACUUCAAGGAGUGCGUGAUCGAGAUGCUUCAAGAGAUGUUUGGGGAAGACUCCGUGCCCAAGAUGUUCAAGGGCGACAAGCUGUACGUCGAGGUACACGGCCGCCGCGCCGACAUCGACCUGCUCAACUUGGAGGUGUCGUGUCCCGCGGAUGAAUCCUUGGAGCGCGCGGUGUCAUCCGCCAUCACCAAGCUACACGCUGCGCUGGCGCCCGUGCGACCGCCCGCGCCGCCGCCCGCCGAGUGACGUCACACGCCCGCGCCGCCGCCCGCCGAGUGACGUCACACGCCCGCGCCGCCGCCCGCCGAGUGACGUCACACGCCCGCGCCGCCGCCCGCCGAGUGACGUCACACGCCCGCGCCGCCGCCCGCCGAGUGACGUCACACGCCCGCGCCGCCGCCCGCCGAGUGACGUCACACGCCCGCGCCGCCGCCCGCCGAGUGACGUCACACGCCCGCGCCGCCGCCCGCCGAGUGACGUCACACGCCCGCGCCGCCGCCCGCCGAGUGACGUCACACGCCCGCGCCGCCGCCCGCCGAGUGACGUCACACCGCCGCGCCGCCGCCCGCCGAGUGACGUCACCCCACCCGCUCGCGGCUCUGCGCCGCGACUAGUGAAUACGAGGACUUUAGUGACCAUUGAUGCUGUGAGCCAUUUCCUCUCUAUUUGCCCGCGUCAGUAGUUUGUUUUCACUUAUUUAGUAUAUCAUGCAUGAUGUUCGUCCGCCAUUACCUUCACGCCACCGUCCGCCGAGUGACGUCACACAAACUCACACAACGAAAGCGCUGCAUCUGUGUCGUGGCUAGUGAAUACAAGGACUUUAGUGACCAUUGAUGAUGUGAGCCAUUUCCCCUCUAUUUGCCCGCGACUGUAGUUUGUUUUCACAUUAGUACUUUCAUCAUGAUGUUCGUCCGCCAUUAUCUUCGCGCCACCGUCCGCCGAGUGACGUCACACAAACUCACACAACGGGAGCGCUGCAUCUGUGUCGUGGCUAGUGAAUACGAGGACUUUAGUGACCAUUGAUGCUGUGAGACAUUUCUUCUCUAUUUGCCCGCGUCAGUAGUUUGUUUUCACUUAUUUAGUAUAUCAUCAUGUUCGUCCGCCAUUACCUUCGCGCCACCAUCCAUCGAGUGACGUCACACAAACUCACACAACGGGAGCGCUGCAUCUGUGUCGUGGCUAGUGAAUACGAGGACUUUAGUGACCGAUGAUGCUGUGAGACAUUUCCCCUCUAUUUCCCGCGGGUGUCGUAAGAGGCGACUUAGGGACUACACAUCAAACAGAGAACGGGCAGCAGCGCUCUCUGACAAACAUAAAUCUUUUAAACUGCGAUCUCCAACCCGCCUGCCAAGCGUGGGGAUUAUGGCAAAACCCUCUACUAUAGUGGAGGAGGCUCAUAGUCCAGCAGUGGACUGUAAAGGGCUGUUGAUGAUGAUGAUGAUGCCCGCGCCAGUAGUUUGUUUUCAUUUAUUUAAUAUUCAUCAUGAUGUUCAUCCGCCAUCACCAAGUUGCACGCUGGGCUCGUACGUAUGCGCCCAACGAGUGACGUCACACCUCACCACCGCUCGCGCUAGUGAUACGAGGACGAUGAGAUGUGACAGUUGAUACAGUGAGCCAUUUUCACCCAUAUUGAUCGCAUCAAGCCGGAACCAGACGGGUGUAAUGUGUAAUGUAAGAUUACGUGUAACGUAAAACGAAUUCUACGCGUGGACGGCACUACGAGCAUUACAUGUAAAGUGCUGCCCAUACUAUUUCCAUUACAUUACACGAUACAUUCCAUUACGCGUUACACCCGUCUAGACCCGGUUUUAGUAGAAAUUAGCAACAGUAUUUUGUUUCCAUUUAUUUAGUACAUCAUCAUCAUUAUGUUUAGGUCAUUUGGUCUCCACUGCCGAUGCAUGACCCACUCAAUCACUUACAAAGGCAAGUGCCGGAAAUUUGACUACUACUCAGGUUGGGCCUGAUUGUUUAGUACAAAUAGUAACAAAAUAGCAUUCUUCAAAUAAAAAUCUAAGGAGGAUUGAUAAUUACCUAAAUAUCCGCGUGUCUCAUACGUGUAACAACUGGUCAUCGUUAACAUGUUGUCGACUGCACUUAUUUUUUGCUAAUGGCAACACUCAUUGUCAAACUUGAGCCAAUAUAGUCCGUCUAUAGUAACUUGGAUAUUUCUAUGAAGUUUUUCACAUUACAAAUACAGUUGUAUUUACAAAAAAUACUAACAAAUUAAAAUGCGUAAUAUUAUUUACGUAUGCAAAUGGAACCAAUAGAGCGGGUCUCUAGAAAUGCUAGUGUAAGUGUACUGAUAAGACUGUUAAUAUGAUUGUAUGUAUAAAUGAAAUGUAAUAAAUAUUUUUAAAACAAUUUACUACAGUUCAUUUAUUUUUUUCUGCUACCAUUCAUACUUUACUCCUAUUUUGUAAACUUACAGGGGAUAUAGCCCUAGUUUUUACGAGGGGAAAUUAAAUAAUAGAAUUUAUUUUAUAUAACUAUUCAUUUAUUUACAAAAUUCUUACUCACAAGAGCGCACAGCGCUAUGAAUAAUGUUGAAUAAACAGCGGUAACAUUUAUUUACA